AUGCAAGAACAGACUGGUAGUCAGAAUAAAUUAACCACUGGAGAAAACAUUACCAAUGCUAUAAUUGAAAUAAAUAACGCCAACAAUUUUAAAUUUCUCAGGUUGCCGAUGGUUAUCCGAAAGCACGAUCUAUUUAAUAUAGAGCAAUUUGAGAGACAACAAGCGGAAAAGCAGGAACAAUAUAGAAGACAACAGAGGAGUGGAAAUGAAAAUAAAGAUGAAAGCUAUGCAAGUGAUACUUCUACACCAGUGAGAUCGGUCGAGAAACCUCGAAGAAAGGAUGAAAGAGUAACAGUGGAAUCUUUUUUAGACACCGAUUCAAUAGUUAAUGAUUUGAAAGCAGGUGGUUUUACUAAUAGGCAAUCUGAGAUUGUGAUGAAUCUUGUUAAAGAGUCGACCAAAACAAAAAUGUAUUGGGUUCAUACCGAGAUGGCUCCCAAAGUUGACAUUGAAAAUAAUAACUACCUCUUUAAAGCUGCAAGAAACGAAUUGGAGGUUGAGGUGACAAAUUCAAGAGAGAUCGCUUUGAUGGAUCUACAGAAUUCAUCAAUUCUUCUUAAAAGAUUGAUAAACGGACUCUUCGAUGAAAUGAGCACAAAAAUACAGUUGAACGACGAUACCAUUAAAAUAGAGUUAAGUCAGUUCAAGCAUGAAAACAAUCUCAGACAAAGAAAUUUGGAGAUGAAAAAUACAGAUUUAAAUAACAGAAUUAUUAGUGAGCUAAUGUCUGGUCUACGCUCGAAUAUAGAACAAUUCAGAUGGGAGUUGACAAGAGCAGGAAUAUUUGCCAUUAUGUUUAUUGCUGUUCUUUUACUGAGCGCAUGGAGAUCAAUUACGAACAAAAAUAAGGCACAGAAAAAGGAAAAUGAGGUGAAGUCUACAACUGUCGGACGGCAGAAUAUGUCAGAGCUAUAUACUAAACAAAUUGCACCUGUACAAGAAAGGACUGAUGAAUACAUAAAAGAUCCUACAAUUGAAAGCGUUACAAAUUACACAAUAACUAGGGAAGACGGAGGUAGGUAA